AUGGAAUUCUGGUGCAGUAGUGAAUAGCAUGAUUCGUCGUAUCGCAAUCAUCGUGGGACUAACAUUGAUGCAAUGGCCUAUGGCCAUGAGUCAACUCACGAGGGAGGAUUUAAUUGAAAUGUUCCGUAAUGACACGGGUCCUGGACUUGUGGUACAAAAGGUGGUUUUAGCAGACCAAAAUCAAAUUUGCUAUUGCCGAUUCAAUCUUUCAACCUCAACAUUAAUGUUCAGCACAGCAUCCACAACAUUAGCUUCCAUUUCAUCAGCAUCGUCAAGUUCUAUGAUGCCAACUUCCUCGCCAUCAGCUAUGUCCACGUCAAGUUCCCAAACAACUAGUUCCACUUCAACAAUAACACCAGUUUCAAGUUCACUCACAAGUAAUUCCACCUCAACAAUUGGUUCCACAUCAAGCUCCCCAACAACUAGUUCCAUGUCAAGUUCUCCAGUAGUGAAUUCCACGUCAAGUUUGCAAACAACUAGUUCGACGUCAAGUUCCCCAACAAUUAUUUCCACGUCCACAAUAACAUCCCCAACAAGUACUUCUUCGUCUCCAAUAACAUUCACAAGAUCCACCACAAGUAGGUCUACUUCCACAAUAACAUUUAAUUCAAAUUCCCCCUCUGUUAGUACAACUUCAAAAAUAACAGCCACAACAACAAGCUCUGUUACUUCAAUAACAUCAACAAGUUCCCCCUCGACUAAUUCCUCCUCUAUAAUUACAUCUACAAAUACACAAACAACUAGUUUCGCUUCUACAAUAACAUCCACAAGUUCCCCAGCAAUUAGUUCUACUACAACAAUGACAUCAGCAAGUUCUGCAACUAGUUUCACUCCUGUAAUAACAUCCCCAACAAGUUCCCCAACAACUAGUGCCACAACUACAAUAACAUCUACAAGCUCCCCAGGAACUAGUUCCACUUCUACAAUAACAUCUACAAGUUUCCCCACAACUAGUUUCACCACUACGAUAACAACCCCAUCAAGUUCAUCAGCAACUAUUUUCAAUUCUACAGUGACAUCUUCGAGUUCACCAACAGUUAGCUCGACUUCUGCAAUAACAUCUAUAAGUUCCCAAACAACUAGUUCCACUUCUACAAUAACAUCCCCAACUUCUUCCCCAACAACUAGUUCUUCUUCAACAAUAACAUCCCCAACAACAAGCACUACAAGUGAAAUAACAUCAACAAGUUCCACUCCGACUAGUACCACUUUUAUGAUAACAUCUACAAGUUCUCCAACCACUAGUUCCUCUUCUACAAUAACAUCCCCAACCACUUCCCCAACAACUAGUUCUACUACAACAAUGACAUCAACAAGUUCUCCAACUAGUUUCACUCCUGUAAUAACAUCCCCAACAAGUUCCCCAACAACUAGUGCCACAACUACAAUAACAUCUACAAGCUCCCCAGGAACUAGUUCCACUUCUACAAUAACAUCCUCAACCACUUCCCCAACAACUAGUUCUUCUUCUUCGACAAUAACAUCCCCAACAACAAGCACUACAAGUGAAAUAAUAUCAACGAGUUCCACCCCAACUAGUACCACUUUUAUGAUAACAUCUACAAGUUCUCCAACAACUAGUUCCUCUUCAACAACUCCAACAUCUACUUUUACAAUAUCAUCAACAAGUUCCCCCCCAGCUAGUUCUACCUCUUUAAUUACAUCUACAAGUUCCCCAAUAACUAGUUCCAUUGCUACAAAAACAUCUCAAACAAGUUUCCCAGCAACUAGUUCCACUUCUGCAAUAACAUCCACAAGUUCGCCAACAACUAGAACCACUACUACAACAAUAGUGUCCAGCACAAAUGUGCAAACAACCGCUACCACAAUGUUAACUGCAUCCCCAAGUUCUCCACCACCGGGAUCACCGUCAGGAAGCCCAACAAGGAAUCCAGGCCUCACAAGCACACCAUUAGCAUCCCCAACAAGCAUUCCUAUUGGAUCUCCAACGAAUACCCCCAAUGGAUCACCUACAAGCAUCCCCAUUGGAUCCCCUACAACUAUCCCUAUUGCAUCACCAACUAAUGUUCAAACUAUGGGAUCAAAUACCCCUCCAACUCUAAUUCCUAUUGGGACACCAACAGUUGCCCAAGAUCAACCACAUGUCCCAAUCCCAUCCCAAGGAGCAGAAGGAGAAACACCUACACCUCAUCCCAUUCAAGUUCCAGCUCCUGCAAAUGGCCUAGCCACUGCUGCAGAAGAAGAAACACCCACGCCAGGUUCGGUUCAAGCUCCAGAAAAGGCCCCAGCUCCUGCUGAGGAAGGAGAAACACCCACACCAGGUCCGGCUCAAGUUCCCGAGAAGGCCCCAGCACCAGCUGCAGAUGGAGAAACACCUACACCAGGCCCUGCUCCAGCUCCUUCAAAAGCCCCAGCUCCAGCCGCAGAAAAAGAAACACCCACACCAGGUCCUGCUCCAGCUCCUGCGAAGGCCCCAGCUCCUGCUGAAGAAGGAGAAACACCCACACCAGGUCCGGCACAAGUUCCCGAGAAGGCCCCAGCCUCAGCUGCAGAUGGAGAAACACCCACACCAGGCCCUGCUCCAGCUCCUGCAAAGGCCCCUGCUCCUGCUGCAGAAGGAGAAACACCCACACCAGUUCCCCCUCUGAUUCCAGUUCCAGCAAAGGCUCAAGUAGCUCUAGCUGCAGAAGGAGAAACACCUACACCAGGUCCGGCACAAGUUCCCGAGAAGGCCCCAGCACCAGCUGCAGAUGGAGAAACACCUACACCAGGCCCUGCUCCAGCUCCUUCAAAGGCCCCAGCUCCAGCCGCAGAAAAAGAAACACCCACACCAGGUCCUGCUCCAGCUCCUGCGAAGGCCCCAGCUCCUGCUGAAGAUGGAGAAACACCCACACCGGGACCCUGUCUGAUUGCACAUCCAGCAAAAGCCCCAGAUUCAGCUGCAGACGGAGAAACACCAUCACCAGGUCCUCCUCAAGCCCCAGGGAAGGCCCCAGAUCCAGCUGCAGAAGACCCUGACCAUACACCUACCCCUGGCAUUGCCCAAGGUACAGUAGAGGAGAGAAGGAUUCGGCACCAGGCCAAGAAGGGGUCAAGGAGAAUUUUUAUUUGAACCAUACUAAAACACCUAAUAAGGGUGGAAGUAUGUGGAGCCGGCUUUUUGAGUAAUAUUUCGAUAAAUAUGCCAAAACAUAUCAACUUUUUUCAUGCACACACCAUUGUGAACGAGCCAAUUAUCUUACGAGGUGAAUAAGAUUAAGUGUAAUUAAAUUAUUUUGGGUUAUUUUGCACCUCAAUAAUACAGGUCUUUUGAAGACAAAAUCACUUUCGACCACAGAUAAAUGUAUUUGUCAAUUGGAAUAAAUCUUGCAUGAUUCUUA